AUGGACUUUGACGAGAUCACAGAAGCCUCUCACGAGGCGUCUUGCGAUGCAUGGUUCGAUCUCUACAACUCCUUACAAGACGCCCCUCUCUCUAAGUUCGUCUCCAAGUUCCGAGAUGAUCAACCAUGUUGGCAGCAGAGCAUAGAUUGCGGAUCUUUCAACUUCUGUUGCCGAUUCGCCUUUGCAGAUGGGGUACAAUGGAUGUUACGCUUUCCAAUGCCUGGAAAAGUUAUGUACCUCAAGGAACAAGUCAGACGUGAGCUCGGUCCGAAAAAGUACAUUCUUAGAGAGACAAAAAUCCGCACCCCGAAAUUGAUUGCGUAUGGUAUGGAGGACGAUUUAGGAUUAGGCCCAUUUGUGAUCACAGAAUUUAUCAAAGGAAAAACUCUGGAUAAGCUGUGGAAAGAAAACCCAAAUGAGCCGAGAAGUGGAUUGCGAUCAGAUAUCGACGAGAAGGUCCAGGAAAUCGUGUAUCGACAAGUCGCCUAUAUCCUGCUUGAGCUUGCUGAGCAUAAGUUUGAUCGGAUUGGGUCACUUUCGUCUGAUAAUGAAGGCUCCUAUCCCGUGACGGCUAGACCAUUAACUCUCAAGAUGAACGAGGUAGCACGAGUAGGGGGUGUGAUUAAUGGUGACCAUUUAAAGGCACCCUUUGAAAGCACGAGCGAUUUUUUCAGUCACGUCGGCCAGCAGAAUCUUGAGCAUCUAUUGAAGCAACGCAACAGUGUUGACGACGCUGAUGAUGCACGCCGCAAGUAUACCAACCGCCGUCUUUUCCAGACCAUAACCCCUAGCUACAUCUCCAAAGAUCAUAAUGAUGUUUUCACGUUAUUCUGCGACGACUUCCGACCCUCUAAUUUCAUACUGGACGACGACCUCAAAUUGUGGUGGAUUGACCUAGAGUGGACGUAUGCUGCUCCGUACCAAAUGUUGUACUCGCCCCCGCGCUGGCUCUUACUUCGGAAUCCUUGUCGGUGGUCUGAAAUACCAGGUUUCAUGGACUUAUUUAAGUCCAAGUUUGAGACAUUCCAUGGGAUUUUGGUAGAGGAAGAAUCCAAAAGAUUUUUGUCUGCGAAAAGUGAUGCAAAGCUCUGUGUAGGAGGAGCUUCAGAGUUGGAAAUCCAGCAUCUAUCCCUGGAGGAGAGUUUCUCAAGUCUCAUGAGGAAAUCUAUGGAGGACGGGAAGUUCUGGUAUCAUGAGCUUAUACGGGAGAGCUUCGACUUUGACGAUGAAUUUCUUUGGACUCAAGUCGCAGAGACUUCGAAAUUGAGCAGCGGUGACGUGGAAAUUCCUCAUGAAGAAGUGGACUCAUUCGUGGCAUUAAAGAUGGCUGAAUUGCAUGGAUACGAGGAAGCAUAUGAGGCAAUGAAGUCUGAGGAAGAGGAGGUGAAAGCAGAGAAGGUCAAGACAGAGAAGGCAGAAGAGGUAUAA